GCAGAAAAAGAAUUAAAAGAUACCUGAAAGUUCACAUACUUACAGGACACCCAACACGAGGUUAGCCCAAACCACAUUCUGGAGGUUGUCCCAGUAAAGCUCUAUACUGAUGUCACCAAUAGUGCUGGGGAUGCCAUAGUGCCACCACAGUUUUGCCCUGAAUGGUGGCUGCUUCUACCACUUCCCUCAUCAGAAAUACGGCUUUUCUUGCUUGCUUCUUCACUUUGCCAUUUUUGAAGUCUUGAACUAACCAUUCAGUUGGUUAGUGAGCAUAGAUCCCAAUACCAGAUAAAGACAGCUGGAAAAGUGAGUUGGACUUGUUUGGGAAGGAAGGAUGUAUAAUGUGGCAAAAAAUUCAAAGACAAAAGAAUAUUCAAACAUACACAGAGAUUCCAGACGGCCACACGCAUAAGUGACCACUGUAUUCUUAGUGUUAUCCCUGCCCAAGAACGUGGAGAUGGGGAAGGAUGGAAUGCUUAGAUACUUAGACUAUAUUUAUGUCUGUACAGUCUAUAAAGUUUUGGGUAGUUAGAUCAUCCGAAUGAAAAUAUGUCCUUACCAAAAGCAACGGAAGAAGAGUUGUCAUGGAUUAUAUGUCAGUGAAGCCUCCAGGGACACCUGCAAGAACAAAAAGCUGUAUACCUGCACAGGUGGUGGCUGCCAUUGAUGUGAACACUGUCGCUAAUGAGGUAUACAAGUAUAAUUUUCCUCACACACAGUUACUGGCAAAGACAAUUGAAGGCAUUACACUGGAAGAGUUUGACAGCUUAUCUUUCAAUAUGAUUUUAAUGAGCCCUCCGUGUCAGCCAUUCACAAGAAUUGGCCUGCAGGGUGAUAUGAGUGAUCCAAGGACAAAUAGCUUCUUAUAUAUUCUAGAUGUUCUCCCAAGAUUACAGAAAUUACCAAAAUAUAUUCUUUUAGAAAAUGUGAAAGGUUUUGAAGUGUCUUCUACAAGAGAUCUGUUAAUAAGAACAAUAGAAAAUUGUGGCUUUCAGUACCAAGAAUUUCUAUUAUCACCAACCUCUCUUGGCAUUCCAAAUUCAAGGCUAAGGUAUUUCCUCAUUGCAAAACUUCAGUCAGAGCCCUUACCCUUUCAAACUCCUGGUCAGGUACUGGUGGAAUUUCCCAGAAUGGAAUCUGAGCAUCCACAAAAAUACAGAAUAGAUACAGAAAAUAAAGCUAAAGUAAAAAAAAUUGAACCAAACACUUGUUUUGAGAGCAGCACACACUGUUCUGGAAAAGACGCCAUUCUUUUUAAGCUUGAAACUGCAGAAGAAAUUGACCGAAAAUACCAGCAGGAUAGUGAUCUCUCUGUGCAAAUGCUAGAAAAUUUUCUUGAAGAUGACAUUGACAUGAAUCAGUACUUUUUACCACCAAAGUCAUUGCUGCGAUAUGCUCUUUUAUUGGAUAUUGUUAAGCCCACUUGCAGAAGGUCCACAUGCUUUACCAAAGGUUAUGGAAGCUACGUAGAAGGGACAGGAUCUGUGCUACAGACUGCAGAGGACGUACAGAUUGAGAAUAUCUACAAAUCUCUUACCAAUUUGCCACAAGAAGAAAAGAUAACAAACUUGGAGCUGCUUAAACUGCGAUAUUUUACUCCUAAAGAAAUAGCAAAUCUCCUUGGAUUUCCUCCAGAGUUUGGAUUUCCUGAGAGGAUAACAAGGAAGCAGCGUUACCGUCUACUUGGAAAUAGUCUCAAUGUGCAUAUAGUAGCUAAAUUAAUCAAAGUCCUAUGUGGACAGUUCUGAAGUAACUGAAAGAUGGAUAUAGUAUUCUUUCAUUUCCAGACAGUAGUGCUGAAAUUGUAUUUUGAGCUAAUUCUGAUGAAAUUCAAUUAAUUUUUCAAUCUUUCCUUAGUAAGAAAUUUGGAACUUAUCACUAAAAUGUCAAAAAAUGUUUUAAAGUUAUACUGCUAUAUUUUGUAAAAUACAGAUUAUAGGUUUGCUUUG